AUGAGCUCAAAGGAUAACUUGGCCCUGGAUCUCGAGCACGGUGUGCGACGAUGGGAUCGCGCUCGAUGGAUAUCCGUCUUCAGCUCGCAUAAUCCGACUAUACGCGAAGUGACGGAAUGCUUGGGUCUGGGCUUGUCGGCGUCUUCCUCCACCACCAACCGCGGCAUUCCGAAGUUCGACAAUCCAGACUACCGCAAGCUAUCCAGUGAGGUGACGAAACUGUCAAAGGAAUUACCAAAAGAAAGAGAUGCGUUGCUGGAUUUUGCGGCGGAUCCGAGUUCCCUGAACCAGGAGCUCGAGGACCUGCUAGCGAGUUACGGACCCGCUAUUUGGGGCAAGGAUGCGGAUCGGAGCUGUUUACUCACACCAGAUCCUACCAAGAAGACGUACAACAAAGAUCUGUUCUACGAAGAGCCUGAGCAUAAGGAUAUUCUCAAGAUUCAUCUGCAUCGGUGGAUCAUCAUCAAAGCUUGCUACUAUAUCCGCAACAUGAAGCUGAAGAGGCCGUCGGGUGCGAACGAGUAUGAUCAGCUCGCCGAUAUCGAUGGCGAUGGCCUGUCGCCGCAUGGAACGCCACAGUCGCUUACUCCACCAGACCCAGAAACUGUUGCAAGCGCAGACCUUGAUGUAAAGCCUAUCAACCUGAAGAAGCGCAAGAGCAAUGCCCACCUAACUAUGUCUGACGAUGACGACCUCGAGACUUCGCCUGUCAAGCGACCUUACAGCACGAUGCUUGUGAACUGGAAGGGCAGUCCAAGAAAGUCACUCAAGUCACUGUAUCCCGCGGGCCCGGGCAGCAUGGAGAACAUUCCUCCGAUGCCAACACAUAUUCCCCGUUUCUCGCCAGCACCAGGAACCACGCCUGAACCCGCACGGCUACAGCUCAGUCCUCUGUCAAACAAUGACCUGAACGGCGUGUCAAGGUCUCCUGCUAUCACGCGGAGCUCCACGAGUUCGGCACCUGGAGGCUUCACUGCAGUCAACACUGGAAGCUACACUGCCGUUAACAAUACGUCUACUGCCGCACCUAAUCAGCCGACUAUGGCAACUAGUAAGCAAGUCACAUCUGCGCCUGUGAUACAAAACGCGCCAGCAUACGGCAUCCAGCUCGUUCCGGCACCAGAAGCACCUCCUGCACCAUCGAGCAGACAGCGAAUGCCUUCAAACCCUAGUCAACCUGCCGCAUCACCCCAUCAACCCGUGCUGAAAAGCCAACAACAACCACAACCCGAAAUUGCACAAGUCGUCCCGCCUCCACAGACGUUCACCCGAGGCUCAGUAUGUACAGCCGACCUCCGCCUCCUUCAAUGCGAAGUGACAGCCGGCCUCUUCGCAUUCUUCUACCCGUGCACCACCAUGCCACCCGACGAACCCGCACUCCUCGCACGCAUACACGCGCUCUGGUUCCACGGCGAAGCACUCUUCCGCGCUGAACUAAGCACGCAAUUCGAUCUCGUCUCCAAGAUCCUAACCGCCUGGCUCCACGAACGCCAAGCCAUCGCCUCGUUGCGUCACUCGAUGCAAGCAAACCCCGGUAUCUCGCACGUGGGACUUGUAGAUCGUUUGCUUGCGAUGAACGAUCUUAGGGCUAUCCGACUCAAGUGGAAGAAUAUGAGUUCGAUUGACGGAAUGAGUCCGGAGGAUCUAUUGUGCAUGGCGUUUAGAGCCAUGACGAAUACUGAGGGGUCGGAAUACCUUUUCAAGGACGGGCUGGCUAGGCUUGAGCUUGGCGUUUUCGAAUUCCUACGCAGCGAAGACUCGAAGAUUGUUAUGCAGAGGCGGGAUACUAGGGCUGGGUGA